UCACUUAAAGUGAAGCAAAUGAAACCGCAUACUUCGGUGGAAGAGUUUCCUGUGAGUCGGUGAGUGCGCACAGAGAAUCCGAGCAGUACAGUACAUAGGAAAUGACUCAUAGGAGUUGAACUGUUAGCGUGGGUGUGUGCGCUAUUAAAACAAGACUCAGACUCCUCCGGGUGACUCACUCUGAUGCUCGCUUUUCCAUGCUGAAAACCAGCACGGAUUGUUAAUCAGAUGAACUUUUGGGAAUUGUGUAGCCGACAGCAAGCAGCUUUUUACCCGCAGACAUCAUGGCUUCAAACGCUCUCUGCGCGCUGUCAGGACUUAUUAUAGCGACUGUGAUCAGUGUGUACGGUGUGAGCGCACAGAAAAGUCAGUGUGGCAGAUUAGAGUUUUGGAACCCAGAUUUCGACGUUUGUGUGCCCUGUGCAUCAUGCAAGCAGUACCCAAAGACCCCGUCAUGCAACACAUGUAAAUCUGUGGAUGAGACACCUGACGUGUGGAAACUGGCAGCCAUCACCAGCUUCUCAGUGCUGGCUGUGGUGCUGGUCGGUGCAGCGCUGAUUAUCGGAGUCAUGGUGCAUCGACGCAAGUCACACAAACGGCCUCUACGUGAACCCAUUGAAGAAACUGCGGGGCCACUUUAUCAAGCUUAAACAUUUCACCUCAUCUUAAUCUGGAAACAGAUGUGACAGAACCAAGGAGAAACUGGUUCAGAAUCCGGUUGGAGGAACCUCUGGACCAUGAACUUUAUACUCUGACUGCAGGGUAUCUCUUCACCAGAAUUGGACCAUUUUAAUUUAUUAGACUGUUGAGAGAAGAGAUGUGCCCAGAUCUCACGCUCAGUGUUGGUCCGACAGUGACCACAGGAGGGACUCUCACACCUCUGUAUAGUAAAAACAAUAGAUGUAGUGGUGUCAUUCUCAGAUAUUGUGCCUUAAAUAACUAAUAUUUUAGUCUGGAAGACCUUUGUUGGUUUACAGAUGUUUGAUUCCAA